ACAAUCUGAGCCACAAAUCCUCAUCAAAGGAUCAAGAAUCAGUAGAAAAACAAGACGAAGCCAUGUUUGUCCUGCACAAAAUGGCUUCAUCCUCUCACCCUCUCUUCACUUCAUCCCUCAAAUUCUCAACAACCCAUUCUCCAUCUUUAUCUUCAUCUUUCCUAUUCAAUCCCAUCUCUAAACACUUGUAUCGACCAAAUUUCCAAUCUUUUUACCUUUUCAAGAAACCCCAUUACCGCUUCUUCUCUUCUCCGGCUGCCGUCGCCACCGAUCCCGCCACUGCCGUCGCCGCCGAUAACAAUGUUUCCGAUGAUGUACCUAAGGAGGUGGAGAAAGUAGUGCUUCCUACUAAUGAAUCGUCCAAUACACUCCUCAGAAUUCGGCAUACUUGUGCUCAUGUUAUGGCGAUGGCGGUUCAAAAAGUAUUUCCUGAUGCUAAAGUGACGAUUGGUCCAUGGAUUGAACACGGGUUUUACUAUGAUUUUGAUAUUGAGCCCUUGACGGAUAAGGACCUCAAGAAGAUUAAGAAGGAGAUGGAUCGUAUCAUCGGUAGAAAUUUACCAUUAAUCAGAGAAGAAGUGACGAGAGACGAAGCCGAAAAAAGAAUAACCGCCAUUAAUGAACCGUACAAAUUGGAGAUCUUGAAUAGUAUUAAGGAAGAGCCUAUCACCAUAUAUCAUAUUGGUAAUGAAUGGUGGGAUCUUUGUGCGGGCCCUCAUGUUGAAACUACUGGAAAUAUUAAUAGGCGAGCCGUACAACUUGAAUCCGUUGCGGGUGCGUAUUGGCGAGGAGAUGUGAAUAAACCUAUGCUUCAAAGAAUUUACGGCACCGCAUGGGAGAAUGAAGAACAGUUAAAAGCGUAUUUACACUUCAAAGAAGAAGCUAAACGUCGUGAUCAUAGGCGUCUUGGCCAAGAUCUUGACCUCUUUUCCAUACAGGAUGAUGCGGGUGGAGGGUUAGUUUUCUGGCAUCCAAAAGGAGCUCUCGUGAGGCACAUAAUUGAAGAUUUAUGGAAAAAGAUUCACUCGGAACGCGGUUACGAUCUUUUGUAUACCCCCCAUGUAGCAAAGGCGGAACUUUGGAGUAUUAGUGGUCAUUUGGAUUUCUACAGAGAGAACAUGUAUGACCAGAUGAAGAUCGAGGACGAACUUUAUCAGCUUCGUCCCAUGAACUGCCCGUACCAUAUUUUAAUUUACAAACGAAAAUCUCACUCUUAUCGUGAUUUUCCAAUUCGGGUCGCAGAGUUAGGAACGGUUUAUAGAUAUGAAUUAUCUGGAAGCUUACACGGGCUUUUCCGUGUAAGAGGCUUCACUCAGGAUGAUGCACAUAUUUUUUGCUUAGAGGAUCAAAUUAAAGAUGAAAUUAAAGGUGUCUUGGAUCUUACUGAGCAAAUGUUGCUCCAAUUUGGAUUCGACAAAUAUGAAGUCAACCUUUCGACUAAACCCGAGAAGGCGGUAGGUGAUGACGAUAUAUGGGUCAAAGCAACGGGUGCGUUAAAGGAUGCCUUAGAUGCUAAAGGAUGGGCUUAUGAAGUUGAUGAAGGUGGUGGUGCGUUUUACGGCCCGAAAAUUGAUCUCAAGAUUAUGGACGCCCUUGGUAGGAAGUGGCAAUGCUCUACCAUACAGGUUGACUUUAACUUACCACAACGUUUCGACAUCACGUAUAUUGAUUCAAACUCGGAAAAGAAGAGGCCCAUCAUGAUUCACCGAGCAGUUCUCGGAUCUCUAGAGCGGUUUUUUGGUGUACUUAUAGAGCAUUAUGCUGGUGAUUUCCCGUUGUGGCUUUCUCCAGUUCAAGCUCGAAUUCUACCAGUUACCGACACGCAGCUUGAAUACUGCAAAGAUUUAACUGAGAAGAUGAAAGCGAGUGGAAUACGUGUUGAGUUGUGCACGGGUGAGCGACUGCCGAAGCUCAUUAGAAAUGCAGAGAAGCAGAAGAUACCGUUAAUGGCUGUUGUGGGACCCAAGGAGGUUGAGACGGAGAGUGUUACAGUUAGAUCUAGGUUCGGUGGGGAGCUAGGAACGAUGGGCGUUGAUGAUUUCAUCACGAAGAUCAAGGACGCUGUCGACAAUCGAACAUCUGUUUGACACACGGUUGUAAAUCAAGAUUGUUGGGUCAAUUAAUGAUUUUGAUAGAAACACACAUUGUAAUACAAAAACAAUCAAAUAAUAGCACAAUUACGGUUCAAAUAAACUCAACUAAGUUUAUGUGUUU